AUGACGGCAACAUUACGCAUUAAAAUUGAAUAUGCUGGGAAUAGUAAAGAAGAUAAUUCUUCGUUAAAAUUCGUCUAUGUAAUCGAUUCGCCUAGGGUAACAACUAUCGACAAACUCAUCACAGAUAUUCAAGAAUUCAUUGUUACUCAAUUCGGUUUACACAACAUGCGUCUAGUCGAUCUUGUUACCGAUGAUGGCUAUAUUUUGAUGAAACAAAAUAUUUGUGUUGAUGUUCUUAACAAUAACGAGAAGUUAGUUUGUAUUGAUAUGGAUCGAUUUGUCGCCAAGAAUAAAAGCACAUUGAAUUUUGAAGAUACUUGGUUAAAACUCGAGCAACAUGAUGCAAGUGAUAACAUACAGAAAAGUCUCACUGUGGGUGUAAAUAAUGCUGGAAAACUUUAUGUGUACUUAUUCGGUGGUAGAAAUAUGCAAGGAUUAUAUCUAUUCAAUGUAUUCGAACUGUUAGCUAUGGCAUGUGAUGAAAGCGAAGAAAUUGAUCACUUUCAAAUGAAAAUUCCGAUAAUGUCUUCAUCUGAAUGGUUCAUCAGUGCUCAAUGGACACAUGAUCCUACCUCGAACAACACUCUAUUUCUCGUCGGCAAUCUAAAAACUGGUGAUACAUCAAAUAUCCUCAGCAAUAAACUUCGAAUCCAUCUUAAUGAAUCUACAAAAACUAUUGAAAAGGGAGAAGUAAUACCUUUGUCGAAUCAGUCUAACGAGGAUGCCACCCAAAUGGCUGCACAAACACAAGUUCGACUAGACGAGUUAAAGAAAACGAUUCCAUCGCCGAGCAGAACGGGACCCGUCCUUGAUACCAAAGUUCCAAUUGCUAAAAUAUAUAAACACGAAUGUGCAGGUGAUUCACCGAUUCUUAUAAUCCAAGGAAAAGAGAGUUCUGUCGAUGUCGAACAAGAAAUAUUUGCUCGUGAUGACAGCUUUCGCAACUUAAUUACUAUUACUGAUAUUAUUAUUUCGAAAAAACCGGUUGUAUUACCGGAAAUUUUGACACAUAAACGAUCAGCACCUGCAGAAAAACCAAUUGCAAUUGCUCAAGUGCAGGUUCAUUACCAAUGGCAUGAUGGUAAAUGGCUCGACUGUGAAGAUGCUAAAAUAGCAAUUGCAUCUGGACAACAGGAUGAUCGGCGAAAAAUAGUUACAUCUAUAUUAAACAUUGAACCGGAUAAACUAAUCUCGGUUUCCAUAUAUGCAGCUAUUCGAGUAAAGGGUAAUCCUAAUAGAAAUAAUAUGACUCGUUCUCGUGCUCAUAGAAGCCUUCCUCAACCACUCAAACUCAAAAUUAUUUUUACCGAUAAUCUGUCAAAGACCUGCUCGCUUAUUGUCGAACAAAUGAACCGUCCUCUUCAAAUUAUUACCAAAGAAUCAUUUCUUAAAAGCAAGGAAAACGAUGUGAACAAACUAAUUGCAUUCAUUUAUGUGGAUGAUUGCGAAUAUGAUGAGCGUAGUUACAUUGCAGUUUAUAUUGAUAAAGAGCAUCAUGUAGUUAUUGGUGAUGAAGGAAGUUAUACAUUUAUGAAUAAGGCACAAAUGCGUACUAGACAGUUUAAUGCCAAGAAAAGUGGGAAAACCGAAGAACUCAUUGAGUUCAUUAGCAGAAGUGACAGAAUGGUAACAUCACUCUUCGAUCCAGAAACUUUUCUGCUGUAUGCUAUUCGUAUUGAACUGACAAGUACAACAUCGAAAACAGUCGAAACAGUACUUUUACCAUUGGACGAAAUAAAAUGA